AAUACAGCGACGAGACACAAUUAUGGCAAGCAAAACACAUUUUGAAUCUCUGACUAUAACUGUUACUGAACCUUGGUUUCAUUUCACAGAAGGUGUUAAUAGAAAAACAAUUUCCUGUUACAAUUUCCUGUUAACAUAGACAUAAAUAUCUCUCAUAAUAAGUACACCCAAAGCACACUUUAGACCACUUUGUUUAAGCCUUUCAAAAAUAGUACAUCUAGUAUACAGUGGAAAUAUAUCUACAGAAAGAAAACAAAAAUUAUGCCAGCUGCAAUAUCAGUAUGCUAUGAAUACAACUCUAAAAGACGCAGUAGUUUAGUCUGAGCAGGUUCUACAUAAAGGCUGUUUAAUUUGGUUUGUACAUUGUUAUGGCCCGAGGCCUUGUGAGCUGUGUUAGGUGUCCUGGGGUGUGCCUGACAUUUUAGCUCCUUCUCUGUGCAGGUCAUGGUGCCGUGGAUCCAGAGAACAGAGGAAUCAUAUCUCUGUCUGUUCUCUCCUUCCUGUCUCUUUUUCCUCUCCUCCUGACACCUAACUCUGUGCUGCUCUCCUGCUGGGCCUCGUCUCAUCGUGUACGCUGGAGUUUAUUUUUAUUUUCACAUCUCAUCACUUAUACACACAUACACAAAACACACCCAACCAUUAGCAUCACGACUCUGAAUCCAAUGCUUACAUUCCCUUUUGUUUACCGUAUACUUUAUCCUUAAUAAAUUAUCUUUGUCUGCAUUUUUACUUGUGGUAUGGCCUCCAGUUUUUGUUAUGGCCCUGAUCCAGUCAUAACAUAUAUUCAGACUUUUAUUCUAUUAACUUUACACAGAAAUUAGUUGUUUGAGAUUCAUUCAAUCACAUAAAAAUGUCCCCUGCCGUUUGCUGUUUUUACUUUGGUUUCAAAUGCUCAUUUAUAAUCUUGGGACAGUUAGUACGUAACAGCAUAAGUGCUGUUAUGUCAUGUAACAGCAUUUACAACGUGGUCGGAUUGUCAGAACUCAUCAAAAACUAUUCAGAGUGCUAUGAGCUGGAAAUCAGGAGGGAUUAAAUUCAAAAUUUCCUGAAUGGUUAAAUUACCAACAGAAAUGGAGUAGAGCCAAGAAGUGCGCACCAUUUUACACCCAGCGUGAAAACCGGCUCCUAAACGGCUCGUCAUGCGAGCAUACUGACAUAACCUGUUCUGAUUCAGAUAACUUUACAGCGGCGCUCGACCACAUCCAGCAUGCGACUGAAAGAUACUCUACUUGUUUUAGUGCUUAAAAUUCUCCAGUAAUUAUAGUUUAUCUGCUCCACUUAAUGCUGCUAAACAGAUGAGCUCUGAUCUGACAACUCGUCUUUUAGUCUUGUCUAGUUACAAAGUUGUUGUCCUCCACUGAAAAGAAAAACUCCUCUCACUCCGGUUUGCGUCACUUCCUUUCGGCUCCUCCUCCGGCUGACUCAUAAGGAGUAGACCAAUCGCCUGCUUUAAUCUGCAGACCCCAAUCAGUGUGAUGAGAAUCACCUGGUCUACCUGCAUAAAAAUGAAGUCAAACGUUUAGUUUACAACGUGCGUGUUUAUUUAUUUUUUUAUUUUUGUCUCUUGUUUACUUUUACUUUACAAAAAACAAAAGCGAUGCCUCCCAAAAAACAAGCAGCGGAUCCUCAGCCUAGUUCAAAACCCGUUCCUGCUGAAAAGCCCGAUGAGAAGAAAACAUCUGCACGCGCCGUGGCGGUGCGAAAACCCGCAACUCAUCCGUCCACAUUCGUCAUGGUGAAAGAGGCGCUGAAAGCCCUGGACUCACGCAAAGGGGUUUCCUCCCAGGCCAUACAGAACUACAUCAAACAGAAGUACCCCACUGUGGAUCCGGCCAGGCUGAAGCACUUGGUCCGCAGACUGUUGAAGAACGGAUUAUUGAACGGGACGCUGGUGAGGCCAGUCAACGCCACCGUCACCACGGGCGCAUUGGGGAAGUUCAGGCUUGCGCCAAAAGUUCAAGAGGUGAAGCUGAAAACUGAGAACACUAAUCCAAAUGUGCAAAAGCCCAAAGCUGGGGCCAAGAAGACCCAGACAGAAGAGGCCAAGAAGAAGCCAACAAAUGAAAAGGCAAAAUCUGCAAAGAACCCAAAGCCUCCAAAAACCACAAAGGAUGAGGCAGGUGCUCCUUCAAAGGUUCCUCCAGCAAAGAAGCCAAAAGCUAAAAAAGUGGAGGCGAAGGAAAGCGGUGCUGGAAGCUCUGAGCCAACCAAAAAUAAGACUGCAAAGGCCAAAGGGGCAAAAACGGAGAAGAAAACCCAAAGUAAGGCUGUGAAGUCGGGCAGUGAUGCCCCUGCAUCUAAAACUGCUGGCAAACGAGUGAAGAAGACUGUGUAAAAUAAGGAAACUUAAUUAAUUUUUUUUUAGAUAUUUGUUUACAAUAAAUGUAUGGUUUUGGCUUUUCUAUU